UCGACCCAUCGUUGUUGUUGGGUCACGACAGCGAAUUGUGUCUAACGAAACUGUCGAGUAAUAGUACCAGCUGAUCCACCAUUCUCUGGAGGUCAGAUCCGCUGGAAGUGCAUUUCAAUUCAAUUCGAUUAGUGCUCGAUUGGGACCAGCAUGGGAAAGCUAAAUACCAACUACAGCAGCUACUGCUACAAUAGUGGCGCUCGGCUCAAUCGAACGAUGACCAAAUAUUGGAACCAGUGUGGUACUCAAAACGAUUGCUCCGGGUCGUCAUCGGGAGGAGAGAGCAACAGUGGCGACGAGGCAUCCCUAGAAUUCGGACGGAUUAUCUGCUGCCGAGGCAUGCGACCGAUGAAGUGUCCGGAACGGCCAGUGACUGAAGGUGGAACUGCGUUGCUAGGCUCUUCCUACGAGAGUGGGAAAGAUGAGCUGGUUGAUGAGGGACACGUCGUCGAGCUCAUUCACGAAAGCCGGCUGGCCUAUCGAGCUGAGGGCAAUGCCAAUAUCGUGCUCUCGCUGAUGGACGACCACCGGGUGUUGCGGCUGAGAAAGGCGACCAUCAGCUGUCGGGAUGGAAAAGAUCCCACAAUCGAUUUGCAGGGCUUAACCAAAUAUUUCCGGGUGAUUGCGAGCUGCUUUUCCCGCCGGUACGUUCCCGAACCGAAGCUGGGCCGCCUCGGCACGUACGACCUGGAAGCGUUCAACAAAAAGUUAACCAAAUACCGACCAGUGACUCGAUUGGACAAGGAAAUCCACGAAUGUGAUGGAAUACUGUAUCCCGAUGUGGCCUUUCUGCCGAUCAAGCUCGAUCCGGUGACGUUUCUGCAUCAAGACUUCGGACAGGACACCACCACCAGAGGGUACUGGUACAACACCUACUGCGUCGAGAUCAAACCGAAGCAAGGAUGGUCCUUCCACGACGAAUGCUACGAAGAUGGUUUCACCCGCCGGGAACUGUUUUCCAACUGUGAUAGUGCGGAACUUGCCGGAACCGAGAUCGGGAAAUGUCGGUUCUGUUUGUAUCAGUAUUUGAAGCUCCAAAAGAAGUCGAUAGGGAAAGUUAGUAAAUAUUGUCCGUUGGAUCUGUUCUCUGGAAAACCGAUCCGAAUGCUACACGCCGUCAAGGGCCUCAUCGGUGCACCGCAGAACAACUUCAGGCUCUCCAAGAACGGUCGCAUCGUGUACGACGAAAAGCAGGAGAAAUCCGUCUUCAAUCGUAUCCUGAAAGAACUCUUUCCGCGUGACGGACGUACCAAAGAAGAAAGAAAAACCAUUUUUAUGAACCUGAUAAAGGAGAUCCUGCUGAAGGAUUUCUCCACCUAUGAAGCACAUCGUGAUCGAAAGCUGUUGACUAUACGGAAGGAUAGGAAAAAGAAGGAUAAAAAUCAGAUCCACGAACGUACCUGCAGUCCAAUUAAUUAUCAGUUUCUUCCGAAGAGCUGUGCUCUCAAGCAAGUCCUGGACACCCAGCUUCUGGCGAAGUCAAAUCUUACCAAGGUGCGUCCGGACUUGCACCGACAAGGUAGCAGCUCAUCGCCCGGCCCGUUUGCCUUCAUCGAUGAGCUGUACGAGAAGUAUUUGGACUGCCUUGAGGAUUACUGUGGCAACCAGGUGAGCCGGACGGCGUCGGACAGGUCGAAUUACUUCAUCGAGUCCUACCUGGACGAGCAGGAAAAGUAUCAGCUUGGUGCAACCGCGCUGGAUUGUUCCAUUAUGAUCACCUUUAGGCGGCUGGCCGAGCGGGAGGAGGAAAGAUUGCCAUCGGCCGCCCGGAGUCACAUCGUCUCAAUCAAAGCCAUGAAGUUUCUGGUCAACGUUACCAUCACAGAUCUCGACCCAAAAUCGCUCAACCAUCACAAGAAAUACCUCCAACAGUUGCAGAAUUCCGUCGGAGCCUAUCGGGAGUUUAUGUCCAAGAUUAGGCGCUAGAAUAUAAGAAUGUAGGAAGCUGUCGAUUGUUGUCAUUGUCUUAGAGCAUCAGCAUAUGCGUGAUACAUGAAUGUUUUGUGGUGUAACCAUUUUAGAACAAUUACUAUUUAUUAUUCACUUCUCUUCCAUUUUAGGAUAGUGACAAUUUUCUACCGAGGUUUUAAUAGUAUUUGAGGCAAUACAGACUCUCAUGUAGUAGGACAUUAUGGAUAUAAGAUUAGUCUAGCAGAAUGCAAUUACACGGCUCAUACACAAUGUAGAAUACAAUUCCAAUUUAUACACUUCUACAGACCUGUUUGGAUAAAUAUAUGCUCUUAUUUAUUUCCCCUUGUGAA